AGCCCUUUUUAACCCAAAUCCACAAAGUGCUUGAUAUCUGGCAUUGUGUUAAGUGUGGUGUCAUUGUACGAGGAGACCGAACGCUGUCUAACAUUGGUCUCCGUGAUCUAAAGUGUCAAGUUAGGGGGGCCAGACAGACCGCAGCGGCAAAGUAAGCAGCCUAGCGAGUGCUACGGAGAAACUCAGGCCCAGGAAAUGUAGUAGCGGUGAACACAGCAAGGUCCUGCUUUUGGCCGCGCCCCGGUCCUUACUCUGCGUCUGUCGCACCAGGCGAAAAAUAUCGGAGCGCUUAGUUGUCUAAGAUGUAAGGUGCCUGAGCGCUGCUCUUUGUCGCUCUACGUACGUCAGAUGCAUUGAAAAACCGUGCAUUGUGCAUUAUCAACGUAUUGUCUUAAAGUAAGACCGUCCGUUACUGAUAGUGCCCCACACCGCACUCUUUGAUAUACAAUUUAAGGGCAUCUGUCGUUUAAACACUCAUGUAGGUUUAGAAAAUCAAUAAUGUUGGAAAAAUGGCACGAUCUUUCAUAAGCACUGACUUAGUUGGUUCAAUUCUGGCAUGUGGAAACGAUCCAGAACGGGCGGGGUGUGCGCCCAGUGCACCCAGCUCGGGGACUGCCGUGGUGGUGGAAAACACAACCUGGACCGGGUUAUCGGACAUUGCCUGAACUCACUAGGAAGUGAGCAUACACCAGAAGAAAACACCCAAUAUUAAAAAUUUCGGAACAACCUAGUGAAAAAGCGUGUACUAUCCUUUUUGAUCUUUAAUGGAAAUGCCGCAUGGCCAUAGAUGACUUUCAUCGUUCAUGGAUUCUACUUCCCUUAGUAAUUGUUUAGGAGUGCUAGAUCGAACUCGAAUCAACAGCGAAUUUUAGGUGAAAAACCACGGGCGCGCCACUAUUCUAGAGUAUGAAGUUAUGCAUAAUGUGGCAUAAAACUCUUCCGAUAUUGGUGUGAAAACUUAUACAGAGAAAGAACAACGUGUUAUACUUGAGAUAUUGUCAUAAGCAAAUGGUAUCCGCAAACCGGUAGCCCAGAUAUAGAACUUGUGAAGCAAAAAACAGUGAUGGAUACAGUGAAAAGAUCCAUUUAAUAAACGCGGUGGGAUAAUAAUAAUAAUGCGUUUGGCGUGGAAUAUGUUUGUGACAAGCGCGGCUAGGCAAGCCAUUAAGCAGCACUCGCGUUCGAUUAGAGGUACUUCUACUGUACUGAAAUUGGCUGCUCCAAUUCGCACUGCUGUUUAUAUUGUAACUACUGAUUUGCGCUUCGGUUUGAGGUUCAUCCUGAUCGCAAAUGGUAGUACGUUUCGUCGUGUACCCGUGCUUCAUACUUGUGAGCUGCAAGGCUGCCCUUUUGUCCGACUCUACGCGUUCAGUGAACGCCUGAGCCAGAUUCACCCACAACAGGCCAGCGCGUUCCGCCGGCACGAGCAAAUCGGCGUGUUGUUUUUCUGCUAGGAAUAAAUCGCCCAACUUUAUCCAAUCGACGACAUUUUCCAGAUCGUCCGUUCUAGCUCGGUAGUUUGUCAGCAUGUGGCACUUGCGGUGAGCUUGAAGUCAGUGUUAAAAUUAGGAGCUAAAAGGCUCUCUUAAUUUUGCCCGUCGAUUGGCUGACGACUUUACAGUUGGGCGUCUCACAAUCAGAUGUUGAGGAUGCGGAGUACGCAAACAACUGUUUUCUCUGCAGGCCUAGCAUGGCCGGGGCCAAGGCUGGCCGGUCAGCGAUCGUUCCAAGCGUCCAUUCCUCUACUGCUCAUUGUUAUGUGUACCCUGCAUUCGCCUCAGAAUACAGUGAGGGCCUCCGAUGAUGAAGAGAGACUGGUGCGAGACCUCUUUCGCGACUACAACAAACUUAUACGGCCCGUGGAGGUUCUCAAUAUGACUGUGGAAGUGGAAUUCGGCCUCUCCUUUAUUCAACUUAUCAACGUGAAUGAGAAAAAUCAAAUUAUGACUUCUAAUGUCUGGUUACAGCUGAAAUGGUCAGACUACCAGCUCCGUUGGGACGAGGCUGACUACGGCGGUAUUUCAGUACUUCGUCUGCCCCCGGACAAAGUGUGGAAACCUGAUAUUGUUCUAUUUAACAACGCGGAUGGCAACUACGAAGUGCGCUAUAAAUCCAACAUACUUAUUUACCCCACUGGGCAAAUCAUGUGGGUGCCUCCAGCCAUCUACCAAAGUUCAUGUACGAUCGAUGUGACGUACUUCCCUUUCGAUCAGCAAAAAUGCGUCAUGAAAUUCGGCUCGUGGACCUACAAUGGUGACCAAGUGUCCUUAAAGCUCGAGCAGGACAACUUCUGGGUUGACUUAUCGGAUUACUGGAAAUCUGGCACGUGGGAUAUUGUCGAAGUGCCAGCAUUCCUCAAUGUACACGACAACCGCAAAAGCGGCAAACCGACGGAAACCGAUAUUUCCUUCUAUAUAACAAUCCGACGAAAAACUCUCUUCUAUACGGUAAAUUUGAUCCUGCCUACCGUACUCAUCUCUUUCCUUUGCAUCCUUGUGUUCUACUUACCGGCUGAGGCAGGCGAGAAAGUUACCCUGGGCAUUUCCAUCUUGCUGUCACUUGUCGUGUUUCUUCUGCUUGUAUCAAAGAUCCUACCGCCCACGUCACUGGUGUUACCACUGAUUGCCAAGUACCUGUUGUUCACGUUUCUUAUGAACACCAUGUCAAUAUUGGUGACCGUAAUCAUCAUAAACUGGAACUUCCGCGGGCCACGGACGCACAGAAUGCCGAACUGGAUAAGAGUCCUAUUUCUUAAGUACCUGCCAACAAUACUCUUUAUGAAGAGGCCCAGCAAGACCAGAUUAAGGUGGAUGAUGGAGAUGCCAGGUUUAGGUGUGCAUCACCAUCAUUUUCACCCUCCGUGCUCUGACAAGGCAAAUAAAAUGUCUGAUUUUGUUGAGUUAGCUGAUGUGGCCCAUUCUGCUGUAGGCCACUACCCAAACUGUACGCAAAGUCGAGCGAAAAACGAUGAUGAAGUGCCACCGCAUGUUGGUCAUGGUCCGCAUAUGAAUGUCGCCAAUAAUCGUAGGGACUCGGACUCAACCGACGUACUUUACCUGAGCCCAGAGGCCUAUCGGGCUACUGAAGCUAUAGAGUUUAUUGCUGAACACCUACGAUGCGAGGAUGAAUACAUUCAGAUCCGGGAGGACUGGAAAUACGUAGCCAUGGUAAUCGACCGUCUGCAGCUUUACAUCUUUUUUGCAGUAACUGCAGCAGGCACAAUGGGUAUUCUGCUUGACGCACCACACAUUUUCCAAGCUGAACUGGAAAUAAGAACGAUGAGAAGUGGAAGGCAUGGCACAGAGGUGCAUGGCACAACAAUCGACUAUUCGAAUGAUGGCGACAAGGGUAGCGGGUGCGGCUGGACGAUGCAUCGACGGCGGCUCGAAUACUACUUACCCACUUCAGUAGAAUAGAAACACAACAGCGUACUGUUAUCAACAUGAUUUCACGUAUAAGUAUUCAUUUGUGUAAUAAUAAACUAGAAUAGAGGUACUAUUACUACCAACUAAUAGUAAUUAUUAUGGUAACAUUACUACGGAUGAUACAGUAGUAUAUCUAUAUCGCACAGCGCCUGAUACUGAAGUUGAAUGAAACAGUAUAGAAAUUAUUAUA